AUGUCCUUAGCUAGAGAAAAAUAUCUUAAACGAAAAAGGGAAUUGCUUGAAAGCAUAAAUAUAAUUGACAGUAAUUUAGAAGAUAAAAAAGAUGGUCGAUCGAAGGAAAAAAUUGGUGAAAACAAAAACAAUACACAAAAAGAUAACAAACGAAAACAUGAGGAGAGACAAAAAUAUCCUGAAAAUAACAAAAGAGAUUAUGAACAGAACAAAAGCUUAAAAAUUAGUGAAUCAACUGGGAAUAGUAAUAAGAAUUAUGAUAGUUUUAAAAAAAUAGAAAAAAAUAAAACAAAACACAGUACUCACCAUGAUAGAAGUGAACAUAGUUCAUUUAGCAACACAAAUCGAGACGAUUCAGGAUUAAAUACCCGAGAAAAUAAAUACUCUCACAAUAAUAAUCUUGGAAUGAAGCCACCGUCUAAUGUGAAUAAAAGUGGUAACAAAUUAUCUACUUUGAAUUAUAGAACGUCAAGUAAUGUUUCAGAUGCUCAUAUGAAAAGGGAAAUUACCCCAAAUGACCAAGUACAUAGCAGAGGUAACAAUAAUUUUAGUAGUCUAAGCAAUAGUUCUAAUAACAAUGCUCAAUUAGAUGCAAGAUAUAAGAACCCAUUAAAAGAUAUUCCAAAUUUAAAAAACAUCGAAAUAUACGAUAGUUCGAUUUUGUUAUUAUUUACGUGCAAAAUUUUGCUAGAAAUGUGUGAAGUAGAUGGAGGGAAAUCGAAUAAUGUGAAGAAAAUGUCCAUUACAUCUGUGGAAAUUUUGAGAGAAAUAAAAUCUCGAAACCGUAAAAAUAUAAAAUUUUUAAAAAUAAAUAUUUUAAAUAACGUUUUAAUUCACAUGACCAAAAAUAAAAGUAGCGAAAAACGUGACUAUGGAAAAGGGGAUGCAUCAGAUGUAGUAUGCGAAAAGUAUAAGGAAAUAAAACUAGAAGGUUCGUGUAUAGAUAUAGAAAACGUAGGAAUAAAUAUUAUUAUAAAAACUGUAUAUAUAAAUAAUAUCAAAAAAUUGCUUCUUAAAUAUUUGCACAAAUUUAGCACUACUAAUAAUUCUACAAUGAACCCCAAAUUUUCAAAAAAUAUGACCAGAGUGGAAAAGGAUGAAAUAUAUAGAUUAGGAAAUAAUUCAAAUGAAUACAAUAUUAAUAAUAGUAAUAUGGAUGUUUAUAAUAACAACAAUUUGUUUGGACAAAGAGAAGCCUCAUAUAAUUCUUUAACUGUGGAAAAUGAUAAUAAAAAAAAUGUUGGAGCACAACAAUAUUUACCAGAACAAUAUCCAAACACAGGAAGAGAAAUGAUGCAUAUCAAUAAUAAUAUUGUUAAUGGAGAUGAACAUAUUGAAGGUGGAAGUAAAAUAAAUUACUUGGAAAAUUUACUAAACGAACCUACGGCAAAAGAAAAAAAGAUAAAAGAAGAGACAACAAACAUUUUAUCUAUUUUAGAAGCACCAACAGUAAUUGAAGAGUUGAGAAUAAAGAAAUUUCAAAAAAAAAGUGAUUCUGUAAAAAUAAUAUGUCAACAUUUGACAAAGAAAGCAUGCCAAAAACAUAAUAAAGAAUGUGAUAAAAUUCAUUUUAAAAAAAUAAUUUCUGAACAUACAGAUAUAUCAUUGGGUGAUUGUUCUUAUUUAGAUACUUGCAGACAUAUUGAAACAUGCAAAUUUGUUCAUUAUUGUGUUGAUAAGGAAGAUAAAAUGAUAAUGAAUGAAAAGAAUGAAAUGAAUAAAGAACAAAUUAGUAAAAAAAAAAACAAUUAUAAAAAUACAGAAAGUUUUUAUACAAUAAAAUAUGAUGAUAAUCAUACAUAUGAACCACAAUGGAUAAGAUGUGAUUUGCGAAAUUUCGAUUUAAGUAUAUUUAAUCAAUAUGUUAGUGUAGUAAUGGCAGAUCCGCCAUGGGAUAUACAUAUGGACUUACCUUAUGGUACUAUGACAGAUAAUGAAAUGAAGCAUUUACCUGUACAGCUAAUACAAGAUGAAGGAAUGAUAUUUUUAUGGGUUACAGGGCGAGCAAUGGAAUUAGCUAGAGAAUGUUUACAAAUAUGGGGAUAUAAACGAGUAGAAGAAAUAUUAUGGGUUAAAACAAAUCAUUUACAAAGAAUUAUUAGAACUGGUAGAACAGGACAUUGGUUAAAUCAUUCAAAAGAACAUUGUUUAGUAGGAAUAAAAGGAAAUCCAGUGAUUAAUAGAAAUAUAGAUUGUAAUGUUAUUGUAUCUGAAGUCAGAGAAACAUCUAGAAAACCUGAUGAAAUUUAUACAUUAAUAGAAAGAUUAUGCCCCCAAAAUUUAAAAAUAGAACUCUUUGGAAGGCCUCAUAAUAUUAGGCGUAAUUGGAUAACCUUAGGGAAUCAGCUUAACGGUGUUGUAUUGCACCAUCCUCAGAUAAAAGAACGAUAUAACAAGGUGGCACCAAAAUUUAAUAUGCCUCUGUGUGAAGAUUGA